AUGGCUGACGUUGAAGUCGAACAGAAACAGCGCAAGUCGGUCGCGUUCAGCGAAGGCUCCGUCAUCAUGGAUACCAACGGCGAAGUUACAGAGGUCCCGGCCGCCGAGCAGCCUGUCGACCAGCCCGUUGAGGAGGCUACCGACAUGUUCAAGGGACUGUUGAAAAAGAAGAAGUCCAAGAAGUCCAAGGAUACCGACGCCGAUGGCGAAGAGACCCCCGCCGCUGACGGCGAGUUCGACCCGUCCGCGCUGAAGAAAAAGAAGAAGAAGACCAAGAAGGUUGACGCCGGCGACUUCGAGGCCAAGCUUGCCGAGGCUGGUGUCGCAGAGGAGGCUGGCGAGGAGAAUGUCGAGGAGCCUGUGCCUGAGGGUGAUCUCGAGGCCGGCACCGGCAUCUGGGCCCACGAUGCGACCCAGGCCAUUCCCUACUCUCUUCUCGUCUCCCGUUUCUUCUCCCUAAUCCAGAGCCACCACCCCGACCUUCUAUCCAGCGGUACCAAGUCUUACAAGAUUCCUCCGCCUCAGUGUCUGCGUGAAGGCAACCGUCGUACCAUUUUCGCCAACAUUGCCGAUAUCUGCAAACGCAUGAAGCGUUCCGACGAUCAUGUCAUGCAGUUCAUGUUCGCUGAAAUGGGUACCAGUGGCAGUGUUGACGGCUCCCGUCGUUUGGUUAUCAAGGGUCGAUUCACACAGAAACAGGUCGAGCAGAUUCUAAGACGUUAUAUCGUCGAAUAUGUUACCUGCAAGACCUGCCGCAGCCCCGACACCGAGCUCAACAAGGGCGAGAACCGUCUGUACUUCGUUACCUGCAACUCCUGCGGAUCUCGUCGUUCCGUCGCCGCUAUCAAGACUGGUUUCCGUGGCCAAGUCGGCCGCCGCAAGCGUGCUGCUUAA